UCAUCUCUAAUACAAGUCCCUGCCAUCUGCUAUGUCUCUAUAUAUUCAUAAUAACUUUGAGGAGACAUACACUGCAUCUUCAAUUUACUUCUUGUUUCCUGAACUACCUAAAGCUCUCUUUGCUUAAUUUGUUGUGAGUUCUGAAAGAUAUGGCAGAAUUUCUCCUCACUUUUUCUGCCAAGGAAAUACUGACCAAGGUGAUUUCGCUUGCUGCUGAAGAAUUCACUCUCGUGUUGGGUUUCAAAGGAGAUCUAGCACAGUUGCAUGCAUCAUUCCUCAAGAUUCAAGCUAUGCUACUGGAUGUCGACCAUUCACAUGUUCGAGGGGUGACUUUGGAAAAUUGGGUGAAGGAUCUUGAAGACAUAGCUCACAAAGCCGAUGAUGUUUUGGAUGAAAUUGGGUAUGAAGUUCUCCGACGCAAAGUAGAACUCCGUAAUCAGAUGAAGAAAAAGGUGAAAUCUUUCUUUUCACACAACAAUCCCAUUGCAUUUCGCUUUAAAAUGGCACAUAAAAUUAAAAGGAUCAACAAAUCUUUGCUGGAUUUGAACGAUGAGGCAGCUGGCCCUAUUGGGUUAGUUGCUAGGAUACAAGCAGAUGCAACCUCACAAGAUGUUGAAGUACCCGACAGGGAAACCAUCUCCAAAUUUUAUAAUGAUGAGAAGCUCAUCAUUGGAAGGGAGGAGGUCGUGUCAGAUAUAGUCAAAACCUUGACCAAGUCAAAUGACAGUGCCGAAAACUAUCCUCCAGUUUUGGCUAUCGUGGGAAUGGCAGGCUUGGGGAAGACAACUUUGGCUAAAUCAAUAUUUCAUGAAUCUAAGAUUGAUAAACACUUCCAUGUAAGAAUAUGGGUGUGUGUAUCUACUCCUUUUGAAGUCAAGACAAUCUUAAGGAGGAUUUUGGAAUCUCUAAAAUCAGAGGAAGCUGCAAUACAAGGUAAGGAGAAGAUUUGUAAUCUCAUUCAAAAAGAGUUGAAAAAGAAAAGAUACCUUCUUGUACUUGAUGAUGUUUGGAGCGAAGAUCCUCAUAAAUGGGAAGAGUUGAAGAAUUGUUUGUCAACUGUUGAAGAUACUCGAGCAAGUAGCAUCAUUGUUACUACCCGUAGUGACAAAGUUGCAAAAGUCAUGGAGACCCUUCCUAGGUGUGAUUUGAGAAGACUAUCAGAUGAUGAAUGUUGGCUCAUAAUGAAGGAUAAAGCAUUUUCAGUUGGGAGUGCUCCUAUGUCCAAAGAGCAGGAGAUAGCUAGUAAAGAGAUUGCUAAGAAGUGCGGAGGUGUACCAUUAAUGGCAAAGGUUUUGGGACCUAUGCUGCGCUCCAAAACAACUGACGAAUGGCGGUCAAUUGUAAACAAUAAAAUAUGGGAUUUACCAGAAGGAGAAAAAAGAAUUUUGUCAAUUUUGAAGUUGAGUUUUGAUGAAUUGAAACCUUCAUCCUUGAAACAAUGUUUUGCAUAUUGCUCGAUGUUCUUCAAAGAUUUUGAUAUUGAAAAGGAUGACUUGAUCCAACUAUGGAUGGCUCAGGGGUGGCUUCACCCUUGUCCUGACAAAAGCCUAGACAUGGAGGAGAGAGGUAAUGAAUAUUUUAAAAUCCUAUUGGCGAAGUCGUUUUUUCAAGACGCUAGAAAGGAUUAUGGUGGUAAUGUUACAAAAUGUAAGAUGCACGAUCUUGUGCAUGAUCUUGCAGAACGUGUAUCAAAAUCAAGGAACUUACACUCAAUUUUUCCCAAUGGAGAAGUCCUUGACCUUGAGAGCAACUUACUUAAUUUUAAAUCUUUACGUGUCUUAAAUUUAUACAAUGCAGAAAUUAUGGAGUUGCCAAUUUCAAUUGGGAAGUUGAAACAUUUGAGGUAUCUGAAUGUUUUGAAAACAAGAAUCAAAACAUUUCCCAAAUCAAUUGGUUAGCUUUACAACCUGCAAACAUUGAAAAUAGCUUAUCAGC